AUGUUUCCCUCGUUAGCUCUUGGUUUCCUCGUGACCGGGAUUACUGCAGUCGCUGCAGCCAGCAGCAGUGGCUGCGUCGGUACGAUCUCAUCCUUGGACGACGUUAGCAAUGCUGUCCAAUGCACGACAGUGAAUAUCAAUGCGUUCACCGUCCCUGGUGGACAAACGUUCGAACUGCAGCUGCUGGACGGUACCACUGUCAACGUUUUGGGCGAGAUUCAGUUCGGAAAUUUGAGCUGGGCCGGUCCCCUAUUCCGGGUGACGGGAAAUGGCGUUACUUUCAAUGGAAACAACCAGAGGUGGGAUGGUGGAGGACCUUUUUACUGGGACGGAAAUGGUGAUGUCACAAAACCACUCCCAAUGAUGCAAAUAUCGAUCUCGGGCACCUUGAACGACGUUUAUGUCGUAAACUCUCCCGCCCACGUCUUUGCAAUCACAAAUCCAGGACCUCUCACUAUCUCUGGCGUCACUGUCGAUGAUUUGCAGGGUAACUAUCCCAACUCGCAAAGCGGAAACGCCGCUGCUGCACACAACACCGACGGCUUUGAUGUUAACAGUAGUGAUAUACUCAUUCAAAAUUGCACUGUCCUCAAUCAGGACGAUUGUUUAGCUAUCAAAAGAGGAUCAAAUAUCACAUUUGCCGACAACUACUGUGCAUACGGUCAUGGUAUCUCCAUUGGUUCCAUCUCGUCAAAUACCGUCGUCUCCGAUGUCCAGAUUAUCGGAAACCAUGUUGUUAGCAGCGCAUACUCGUUCCGUAUCAAGACCGAUACAUCUGCGACAAACAGUGUAGUGAAGAAUGUUACGUAUAGCGACAAUACUGCAACCAACUGUACCGGUUUUGGCGUUCUGAUCACCCAGAGCUAUCCCUCCAACCUGGGUACCCCGGGCAACGGGGCCACUAUCUCUGAUAUCAACUUCAACCACGGCACCACUUCCUUGACAGCCAACAAGGGUGCUUCCAGGGUUGCAGUGAACUGUGGAAGUGGAUCGUGCACAGGUAACUGGGAUUGGUCUGGUUUGCAGACAAGUGGCGGUAAAGCUGGAUCCAUCAUCAACAAUAAUCUCAUUACUGGAUUCGUUGACACACAAUGAGGUGACCC